AUGGGCAGCUCAGGGGGCCAAGGGGGCAGUCGUAGCCCCCAAGCCACUGAUCGCCAGGGUACCUCAGGCAGCACCGAAGGCAAAGAUGGCGGCAGCAGUCUUGAUAACCUGGGUGGCCUGAGGGGUCCUGAGGGCCAAGGUGGUCCUCACAGCCAGGCUAUACCUGGUGGCCAAGGUGGCCCCAGCAUGGAAGGAGCAGUGGAUGAAGUGGCCGUCGCUACUUUCCAGGGCAAGCAGACACCACAAACCCCAGGAACAAGUGGAGAUGCUGCGCCCUCAGCUGUAGGGCCUGAAAGCCGACUGCUGGAGUUCACUCUAACUGUACCUUUUCGAUCCCCUCUGGAGGCAGACAUGGCCCACAGGACCCUGGCCACUUCUGUCCAACCCCUCGAAGGAGUGGUUCAGAAGGAAUUCAGAGUGAACGGCAGUGACCUGGUUGUUAGAUGGAGUGCUGAAGACCCUGAUGUCUUCCGAAUUUCCGUCAACUAUUUCCUUGAGCGGCUUUCCCUGUUGAUCCGGAACAUUCGCCGCAUUUGGCUCCCGGCGUGGCCAAUAAAACGACGAGGAAAGUAGUUUGAGUCCUAACCUUGUUUCUCCUACUAGGCGAGGCAUGGGAAAUGGAUAUUUGGAGCAAUUGCCCCCGUAUUAUUGAGGUCUAAUUUUUCGCCUGUACUG